AUGACUACCCACCACACACUUCCUACCUUCUAUUUUUACGGGUCCCGCCUGCGUCUCCAAGCUCCCGCCAUUGCUGCUACCUCCAGUAAUCACACUACUCUCACAAGCGCGACUUUGAAAAGCCCUGAGAAAGGCGGUGCUUUCCUUGGGAUGCGUGCAAUUGACAACCUUCUGGUCCUUCGGAGCAGUAACCCGACGGCGACGGUCUCCGCUUCGGCGGACCUUGAAUCGGCGGCGAACACCGUCCGGAAAUUCUAUGACGGAAUCAACCGCCGCGACCUGGCAUCUGUGGAGGGUAUAAUCGCCGAUGACUGCAUCUACGAGGACCUCGUCUUCCCCAGACCUUUCGUCGGCCGCAAGUCAAUCCUUGAUUUCUUUAGGCAGUUUAUGGAUUCAAUCAGCAGAGAUUUGCAGUUCGCCAUUGAUGAUAUAUCUGAGGAAGAUGCAUCUGCUGUGGGAGUGACUUGGCACUUGGAAUGGAAGGGAAAGCCUUUUCCUUUCAGCAAAGGAUGCAGCUUUUAUAGGUUGGAUGUAAUUAAUGGCCAGAGGCAAAUACUUUACGGGAGAGACUGUGUGGAGCCUGCAACCAAGCCUGGAGAUGCAGCUCUGACUAUCAUUAGAGGAGUCACUUGGCUGCUCGAGAAGUUCCCAUCCUUGGCUGACCGAUUGAGUGACGCCGGCAUACAUUGGGGUUCAUUCUAUUUGGAAAACCUAAGCCGCCGAAAACCAGGUCGUGGUUUCGAGCAGCAUUUGCUGCCCUUUCCACCACUGACACCAAUGCAACACCCACAACAUCAAAGAAAGGCUACUAAAAAUGUAAAUAGAGCUGUUUCAUUUGAAUCCCCACUGAAGUUGCUGCCUUUGCAUCUCACAUGUGGACUAGGCUUAGCUUUAGGUUUCUGGGUGGCAUUCAAUAUUUACACCUUGACGAUAAUCCAAAAUUCAGCAGAAACUCUUCUUAUAUUAUGGGCAGUGGAGGCUUUAGUCUUGAUCCCACUCUACAGUUUGUUUCGCCAUGACACGGACCAGUGCUCUUUUGUCAAAGCCAUAGUGAGAGCAACGUUGCUGGGUCUCCCUGCUGGUGCUUUAGUGAAUGGACUAGGAGCAAUUGUGUUGGGCGCACCUGUUGGAAUUCAACAUUUCAAAAAGACAGUUCAUUGGUCUCUUCUUAUGUCCCUCUUCACGUUUGUUCCAGCAGCUGCUGUUUAUGGUUCAUCUUGGACUUACUGGCAUCGGAUAUUUGCUCACACUAAACCAGCGGGUUCUACAGAUCUUAUUAUCUUUUUAUCUGCACAUGGAGCUGUUAUUGGGGCUUGGUUUGGCGCAUGGCCUAUGCCUCUUGACUGGGAAAGACCUUGGCAGGAGUGGCCAAUUUGCGUGACUUAUGGUGCUAUUAUCGGGUACUCAAUUGGAUUGGUAGUGUCAUUUGGAUUUGUCGUCUAUAACUACCGAGUACACCAUACAAAGGCGGACUAA